AUGAAGCCGUUUUUUUUGCUGCUGAUAUUCGUCGCUAUUUCAGAUGCCCAGUAAGUUUCAAUUAUUCAACUUUCAAUUUUUCAUUGACGUUAAAAUAUAAAGAGUUCAUUAGUGAGGAAAAAAAGAAAUGAAAAAAAUGACAAGUUUAUUUUUAGAAAUAAUGAGGAGCAGUUUCAAAACCUUCUUACGAACUUUUUUUCCGUAUGUCCUCCAACUACAAAAAUAACUCCACGAGCAACGUCAAAUUUUGCAACGGUCAGUAUAUCAGGCAAACAAGAGAAAAAGAAAAACUCAAAUCCUGUAAGCUUCUCUAAAACACAAAAAAAUUCAAAAAAAUUUUUUUUAUGAUUAUUCUCUUUGAUAAUUUUUUUAACUGUUACCACGAAAUGAAGUUUGAUUUUUUUAAAUCUUCAUGAUUUUUUUUUGUUUUUUUUGUCCACUAAUACUAUUUUUUGCAGAUAAUUUUAUGAAAGAAAUAUUGUGAUUGAAACUUGAGAAAUUGUUCAGACCCGCUGGAAAGAAAAAUUCCGUCUGUUUGAAAGUUUCUGCAGCGCAAACGAAUGAGCGAAUUGAUAACAGUAGGAAAUUUGGAAGUUUGUUUUGCAGCCGGUGUCGACACGCUACGUGGACAAAACUGAGUACGCUAUCAACAGGAGAAUUCUUUCAAAGGUGGUCCUGAAAAAGAAAAAUGCACUGACUCGAUGAACUAAAGGUUUUCGAGAGCGAUUUGGUGUUGACAAAACCACAAAUGGACGAUGUCAUUGACACAUUUCGAACUCGUGUGACAGGUGAAACAAUUUGGUCAGGUGUGGAAAAUAAGAAGGAAAAAUGAGCAGGUACCCAAAAGAGGAUCAAGCGCAACGCUGCAAUCGAGGGUCAGAAGUACAGAUGGCCCGAUGCCGUCGUUCCCUACAAAUUUAAGGACAACGACAGUGCGUUUUUUUCUUUUCUCAGCAGUAAAACCGACUUGACAGAGACUUGUUUGCGCCGCGGGAACUGAGGUGGUCACAUAAAGAAUCAUCAAAAGAAUUAUUGAUGUCAGGGAGAAAGGGUUGAAUACGUUUUUCUGAAGACGGAGAUUUUCUGAAAACUCAAGCCGCUAAAAAAACGCUAAGAAAAUCAAUUCACUCAAGCCAUUGAAACUUAUUACAAUAGCUAUUUGGAAACAUUUUCAAGCCGAAAAUUAUUUGAAACAUCUAUUAUCUGCGCAAUCAUCUCUUUUGAAGUUAGGGAUUUAAAGAAAGGCGAAACUCUUCGCUGUUUUGAUCAACGUGAUUUCUUUCAAUUCAUGAGAUGCGAAAAAGAUUAAUGAAGCGUGCAGAGAAUGAAUCAAUAUUAAUGUGAAUUCAAUUUUUCCAUUGUGAUUGAAAAUCGUGUUCUAAUCAAAAUCCGAACGAAAAAUGCAAAAUAUUUGCGCACCCUUUUUUUAUUCUGGUUUUUGGUGUUUUAUAGAUAACAGUUGCUUUUUUCUAUGGUCCAUGGAUAAUUUCAAAUAAGCACCGUUACUUGUUUAGAUGAAAGCAAAUAAAUUUCAUUUGCUACAAACCGAAACGCUUUUUUCGCAAAAGGAACGGGUCAAACUGUAGCGGUUUCGUAGCCGGUAUCUCAAAAGGGCAGCAACCUGAAUUGAUUGACACUUGUUAACAUAGAUUAAACUAUAAAAAAGCAAAAAAAAACUGAGAAAAGAGAAUAAGAAAGAUGUAUUGUCCUUCAGCUGAAUGGCAAUCUAUCGUGAAGCACGGAAUGUACAAAUGGCAGAAAGAGACUUGCAUUCGCUUCCGGCGACACACAACUGAAAAAGACUACGCCAUCUUUUUCCGAGGAGGAGGGUAUGUAUGAGCUCUCAAGUUUCAAUCUGAUUAAAAGUUUUUUUCUUCCAGAUGCUAUUCUAAUGUCGGAAGAACUGGAGGCCGACAGUAUAUUUCCAUAGGAUAUGGAUGUGAAGGGGUACAUGGUUAAACCUUUUUUUCCCUGGAAAAAAAUUUAGCAUGGAAUUGUUGCUCAUGAAAUCGGUCACGCACUCGGAUUUUGGCACGAACAAAGUCGGCCGGAUAGGGACAUCUUUGUUAAUAUCAACGAGCAGAAAAUUCUUAAAGGCACACAAGUACGUUGUGAUUUUCAAUUUAUUUCUCUUAUAGCAAUCAAAAUUUUUCAUCAGGGAAAUUUCGAAAAAAGAGUGGAUCUGGAGGAAUCCGACAUACCAUACGAUUUCGGUUCAGUUAUGCAUUAUGGUCCUCAAGCUUUCACUAGCGAUUGGAAAUAUGUGACCAUCGAAACAAAGGUGCUCGCGAACUUUUCGUUUGACCAGUUGAAAUGAAAUUCUCAGGAAGUUUCAAGUUUAGUUUCUCUAAUAAUUUUGUGUUUCUUUAUCCUUUAGUUUAAUCAUUCAAAUAUUUUUUUGAUUGGGUUUUGUAAGACACUUUUUCGUCAUUGUUCAUUUAAAAAAAUAAGUGAUAUUGUUCAAAAGCAAAAAUUUGACUUUUUAAGACUGCUUUUUGCUGGUUUUUUUAUUAUAUUUUUUUUAUUAUUUUUUUCCUCAUUUCAAUUUUUCUCAGGAUCAUCGAUUCCAACAUACGAUCGGCCAAAGAGGAGACGUAUCUUUCACAGACGUCAAGCAUGCAAAUCGGCUUUACUGCAGUCGUUAGUCGCGACUUGGCAACUUUCGCCUGCAGGCAAACAUUUUGUUGCAGAUAUUUGCAAAACGUCUCUUUCUUGUGAAAACGGCGGUUACGAGAACCCAUUGGACUGUUCUUCAUGCAAAUGUCCGGCGGGUUUGGGUGGAACUCGUUGCGAAAGGAUUGCCCCAAGCACUCGUUUGUAUCUUAUUUUUUGUUGUUUCACUGUUUUCUUUGUGUUUAGCGGGCUGUGGCGGUGAGCUUCUUGCUACAGAAUACUGGCAAACUAUCAAGAACACCCAAGUUGGCAACUGUCACUGGAGAAUAUUUGUAAGUCUGCAUCAACUUUUUCAAAUAAAAAGGACUAUUCAGGCGCCAUCUGGAAAAGUGCAUUUCGAGAUAAUUGAAACCAAAUACAAGUGCGACUCCUCGUGUGCUGAGAAUUACUUGGAAAUCAAACAUUCCAGGAACAUGGAGCAAACAGGCUUCAGGCAAGAAGAAAAGCGGUUUUUUCCGAUAACUCAAGUCUCAGGCAAUGCUGCAAUCCGGUACCUGGAAGGAUUGUUUCUGAAGGAAACCAAGUUGUUUUGAAUAGUAUCUCAAAACUUUCGCCAUCAAACUUCACAGUGCGGUUUAUUUUGGGUGAGUCAGUGCUUUUUUCCGAGUAGAUGUGAAUAUUUCAGACUCUGCUUCGGCUCUGAAACCUCCACCAGCCGCUUGGGAAGGCAACGGAGGUCUUACUGGACUCUUGGGAGCCAACGAAGCCGGAUUCGACAAUACUUUCGAACAUGUGGUUUUGAAAGAUCUUCCCAGAGCAUUGAAGUAA